GCGUGCAGCAUUUUUGGGCGCUCUAGGCAGGCAGUUCACUAGUUUUGAGCCACAGCCAGACCCCUCACCGAGCGCACAUACAUCGCGCUGCCUCCUCACGCAAACUUUACGCUCUUCUCUGCAGUUCAGACGAUCAUUCAUGAUUUUUCCCCUCACUCACAGUGGCGUGAACGCGUUGCCAUGACAGCACCGUCUCUAACGGCGCUCUCCGUGAUGAGUUUGCUCAGUCUGGGCUAUUUGUCCCAGGACUGGACGAGUCCGAACCAUCCGCGUCCGCACAUUAUCUUCAUCAUGACAGAUGAUCAGGGCUUCAACGACAUCGGCUACCACAACAGAGACAUCCACACCCCGACACUGGACAAGCUGGCAGCGGAAGGAGUGAAGCUGGAGAACUACUACAUCCAGCCCAUCUGCAGUCCAUCCCGCAGUCAGUUCAUCACUGGCAGAUAUCAGAUCCAUACCGGUCUCCAGCACUCGAUAAUCCGCUCUCGGCAGCCCAGCUGUUUGCCCUUUGACCUCCGGACGUUGCCGCAGCGGCUGCAGGAGGCGGGAUACGCCACGCACAUGGUGGGCAAAUGGCACCUGGGCUUCUACAAGCGUGAUUGCCUGCCGACCCAUCGCGGAUUCCACACGUACUUCGGCUCCCUGACAGGCAGUGUGGAUUAUUACACCUACAAGUCGUGCGACGGGCCGGGAAUUUGCGGGUACGACCUCCACGAGGGUGAGCGUGUGGCAUGGGGUCAGGGAGGGCGUUAUUCCACACAUUUGUACGCGCAAAGAGUCCGAAAAAUCCUUGCUGCUCACGAUCCUUCAUCCCAGCCUCUUUUAAUUUUCCUCUCUUUCCAAGCCGUGCACACGCCAUUGCAGUCACCAAGGGAAUACGUCUAUCCGUAUCGACAAAUUGGAAAUGUGUUUCGUCGGAAAUACGCCGGGAUGGUUUCGGCCGUAGAUCAGGCGGUAAGGAAUGUGACGUACGCGCUCCGAAAGUAUGGCUACUAUAAGAACAGUGUCAUUAUCUUUUCUACAGAUAACGGUGGACAGCCGCUCUUUGGUGGGAGCAAUUGGCCUUUACGGGGAAGAAAGGGAACGUAUUGGGAAGGAGGCAUCCGUGGCAUUGGAUUCGUCCAUAAUCCGUUGUUGAGACGCAGGAAGAGAGUUAGCCAAGCUCUGGUUCACAUCACCGACUGGUACCCAACGCUAGUGGGACUCGCAGGAGGGAACGUUUCCCGGAUGGACGGGCUUGACGGAUAUGACAUGUGGGAAACCAUUAGUAAUGGGAAAGAGUCUCCACGUUUGGAGAUCCUUCAUAAUAUCGAUCCUCUCUACAACCCUGCCUGGCACGGAUCUUUAAAAAAUGGAUAUGGGAUCUGGAAUACGGCCAUACAGGCAGCGGUUCGAGUUGGAGACUGGAAGCUCUUGACCGGAAAUCCUGGAUAUGGAGAAUGGAUUCCGCCUCAGAUGCUGGGAAACUUUCCGGAAUCUUGGUGGAAUUUGGAACGCCACACGGAAGCGAAGAAAUCCUUGUGGCUCUUCAAUGUGGCGGACGAUCUGUAUGAGCGUUACGAUCUUGCAGAGCGCCGGCCAGAUGUGGUCAAGCAGCUGCUGGCCCGUUUAGCGUUCUACAACCGGACUGCCGUUCCGGUGCGCUACCCUUCGGAGGAUCCUAGAGCCGAUCCAAGAUGCAACGGAGGGGCUUGGGGUCCUUGGGAAGGAGAUGAAGAAAACUGGGAGGCGUUUUAUCUUAGAAAGAGAAAAGUCAAGAGGCAAAAGCGCAAGUUCUGCAAAAUGAAGUCAUUUUUUUAGAAGACUUAACAUUCGAAUGAUGUCAAACAGGAUUUGAACAAACACGUCCUACAUGAACUGACAAUUACAAAUGCUGCUGACAGUAACACAUUAUCAUUUUAGGGACUUUGAUUAUGAAUUUGCCUGGUAUGGAGUCACUAAUUUGAAUUUGAGUCCCAUGAUCACAUUCACUGAAGCAUGUGUUUCUGCUUACUUAUUUUGACCAUCCACAUAAUUUCUUUGAGCAGAUUUUGACCCCUGCGGUUUUCUGAUAAUGUGACCUCGAACCCCUGUGCAAUGAAUGUUGAAGGAAUCAGUGAAUGGAUUUUGUAUCCUCUGAUCUGGUGUGCAGUGUUUGCACCUCAUAUUUAUAUAAAAUACCUGCUAGGAGACUAAAAUGAAUCUGUUAAGUUGUU